AUGUCCAACCCUAAUGCAACAGGUCGCUUUCCUUUCCGCGGACCCAACAUAUCGGAGCCUUACCCGGCUAACGAUAGCACCCAUCCAGCUCCUCUAGAUUGGGCUGUCUCGCUCGACAUCAAAGCCGACAUUCCGCUCCUACAAACGCAGGAUCCAACGGUGUUCAACAACUCGGCCUAUGUUUCCGGUGGUGUCCUGUCAUUGACGGCACCCGUUGACUUGGUCAAAGAAUCCCUGGACGCCAACGAGCCCUACCGACACCAUCAUUCCUGGAAAGUCUGUGCCUACACCAGACCGCCACCCACGUACGAGGAUUUCAAACAGCAGAAGCAGAUGCACGACGAAGGCAACUGUCAGGCUGCCUGGGACAACGAAUGCGCUGACUGGUUGACUUCCGCCAUUCAGAAUGCAUACAUGGAGAGAUUGACCAGCGACGUCUAUGAAGACGAGAGCGAUUGUCCAUUUUUCAGGUUGGAUGGCCCGUGUGAGAUGAGCGGUGCUUGGUUGCAUGGUUAUCCGGUGACCCUGAACCGGAGUGACCACACGAUGUAUGCACCAUGGAACAUGACUUUAUCCGACGAGCAACUCAGAUAUAAGGAGGCCACCACGAAGCCCUUUCCCGAGGAGAUCGGUUACACCAACGGCUCUGCCAUGUUUCAAUGGGCUUCUAACUUGGGGGAGAAAGGAAACCUGACGGCUUACCAUCAGGACACUGGAUUUUACUGGCCGCUUGUCGUGGCCUUUGGGUUCAAUGAGACUUGGAUGGCCCGAGAUGCGAAUGCUUCCAACAUGAGUCUCCCCCAGCCUCCCUUGGUGUCACACUUCUGCGUCAAAGCUGAGCAGGUCGCACCGGGCAGCGUGUUGCCCGCAAGCGGGACGGAAAGCGAGGCAUCGUUCGUGUCGAAGAGUCGUGGCAAUGCUGGAUUCGCGCCUGAAGCUGCACUUGUCAGCCCAGAGGGCGUCAAAGCCUGCAACGUCACCGUUACCUAUGGCCAUCCUGGCCACGGCGAUGAAGUCACCGUCAACAUAUGGCUGCCGAUUUCGAACUACAACCAGCGCUUUGUAGGUAUUGGUGGUGGCGGCUGGUCAGCCGGGGAGAUCGGGACGGAUUUCAGGUCUUCUCUCACGUCUCAGGGUUACGCUGUCGCAACUACGAACGCUGGCUAUGACCACGAUAUGUUCGGUACAGCUGAUCCCUGGUUGAUGAAAAGCCCGGGCAAUUUGGACUACCCUCUCAUCGUCAACUUCGCGCACCGCUCUCUUCACGAAAUGACCAUCAUUUCGAAGCACAUCAUCGAAGAGGCGUACGGAUCCGCCCCAAAGUUCUCUUACUGGCAGGGCUGCUCAACUGGCGGGAGGCAGGGGCUUACCAUUGCUCAGAAGUUUCCGGAAGAUUAUGAUGGUAUCCUUACGAGUUGCCCGGCAGUCAACUUUUCUGCACUGUUGUUGGCCAUGUAUUGGCCGCAGCUUGUCAUGAAUCUGAAAGCCAGCUAUCCUCAGAGUUGCGAGUUUGAGGCGCUAGUUACAACCGUGGCGGAGUCCUGCAAGGGAGCUCUCGAAAUCGACUCAUGCGGGUUCGAGGUAUCCUCGUUGAUUGGCAAGUCUAUCGACUGUCAAGGAACACCAAGGACCAUAUCGGAAACCGCCGUGGAAGUAUACGAUGCAAUGCUCAAGGGACCAGCUGAUCCGGAGGGGGCUCAGCUUUUCCCAGGAAUCACUCUUGGAACGGCAGUCGUCGGGAUGAUGGCAAUUGCAAACACCUUCUGCGAGGGCGAAAAUUGCUCACGCGGCUUACCUUUCACAAUAGCAGACGACUGGAUCCGCCUGAUGGUCAAAAAAGACCCGUCUUUCGACCCCUCGAAAAUGUCACAUGCCGAAUAUUCUGAGCUAUUCCGAGAGAGCGUCAUGGAAUGGGACGCAAUGUUCAGCAGCAACAAUGCAGACCUUCAACGAUUCCGACUGCUCGGCAAGAAGAUGUUGGCGUGGCAUUCAACAAACGACGAGGCUGUUCCUAUGAAGGCUAUGCGGCAGUACUACGACCGUGUGCUGGCUGCAGACAACUCGCGCAAUAUCACAACUCAGCACUACUAUCGAUACUUUGAAGUCCCUGGAGCUACACAUUGCCUGGCACCUGCUGGGGUACCGUACCCCUUGAAGGCUUUGGACACACUACGACUUUGGGUGGAGAAAGGAAUCGUCCCAGGCGAGUUGCCUGCCGUAGUCUUGGAUCAGGGGCAAGACAAGGGGGAAUUUCGACAACCCAUCUGCGCCUACCCUGCCACAGCGGUAUCCGAAGGCUCUGGAUUUGCUUGCAUGGAGAGCUUCAGCAAGCCUUCCGAAAACACACAUGUCAGGGAUGAGUUAUAA